AUGCCCGUCAGGCUGCCCUUCUCCAUUCAAGCAUGCUCCGGGGAGGACCCCGAGUUCCCAGCAACAGAGCUGCUAUACCACAGCGCCGACAGGAAGGGAUGGUGCACGCCGAGGUUUUGCCAGUACCCACAGGAGCUCACGCUGCGCCUGGAAGCGGCGGCGCGCCUCACCCAGAUCCAGCUCCUCUCUCACGAGUUCAAGAUUGUGGGCAAGGUGGAGCUGCUGGUGGGCACGUUUGAGGGCCCUGGAGGUGGAGCUAUGAGCGGCAACGGCUCGGUGGGAAUACCCGCGCCGUCGGCCACCGCCGCCGACCCCAGCAAGGCCACCUGGCGCCGCCUCGGCUUCCUCGCCUUUGACACAAACGAGGGCAGCGGCUUCUCCGCGCGCGAGCUCAAGAGCGUGGCGCUCAACGGCGUGCCCGCCCAGCUGCUGCGCCUGGUGAUCCACCGGUGCCACGCCAAUGCCGCCAACGCAUAUGGCCAGGUCAGCCUUGUAGCCAUCAACCUGAUGGGCGAGCCGCUGGGCCCCACACCGCUCUCUCCCAUCACCAACACCGGCGGGCCCUACGCCACGCUGCACGGCGGCCUUCCGCCCGGCAUGCUGCCGCCCCAGGCCGCGGGCAUGGGCCUUGGGCACCCGAUGCAGUCGCCACAGCAGUACAUGCAGCCACCGCAGGCGCAUCUGCAGCACUUCAUGCCACCGCCGCCGCAGCCGCAGCAGCAGCAACGUGUGCCGAGCCCGGCCGAGGCGGCUGCGGCGCUGGCGGCAGAGCUGGGUGUGGACGCAGUCACGGCGCAGCGCAUCGCAGACCUGCAGCAGCAGAAGCAGCAGGCGGUGGAGCGGGAGGACUAUGAUGAGGCCAAGCGGCUCAAGGGGGCGGUGGACCGGCUGCGUGCGGCGGUGCGAGGGGUGCGCAGGGAUGUGGUGCCUUGGGUGUGUAGAUGGCAGCGCAGCGUGGCGCCAUGUGGCUAG